AUGUCUGUAAUUAGUUCUGCUGAACCAGAUGUUGUAAGAAUCAAAGUUUAUAAACCGAGUGAGAAUGCCAUAAAUAAUGGUUAUGAACCAGGUACAUCAAAAAAAUUUUGUAUUGAUCCACGUCUUGCAUCUUAUCGAACAAUUCAAUGUUUAAUUUCCCAAGCAUUUGAUAUUAAAACUGAUUUUACUAUAUAUGCUGUUCAUAGAUGUUCUACAGAUGGAUUAAAAAAAUUAACAGCUAUUUGGUCCGAUUGUGAUCUGGAAAAAGCAAUAAAAAAUGCUACGUCCGAUUCUUAUUUACGAUUAAGUUACGAAUUAAGUCCUCAAGAAGAAGGCCUUGAUGAUUGGGAUUUUGUUGCACUUAAUGAUUUAAGUACAAAUAUUCGUUGGUUUAAUGUCGAUAAUCGAUCUAUAAUAGCAACUGUUAAACCAACAGCUGGAAAAACACCUUCAGCUUUAAAUAAAGCUAUUAAAUUUAUAGAUUGGAUGUAUGGUGGACGUGAACGUCAUGGUUCAAAACCCGUUGAUGAAAAUGAUUUUAAAAAAUUUCUUGAUUCUGAAGGACGUCUUAUACAUACAAACGAACUAAGACAAGCAAUUUAUGAAGGUGGUGUUGAACCAUCAUUUCGUAAAAUUAUAUGGCGUCAUUUAUUAAAUAUUUUUCCAAUAAAUAUGACAAGUUCUGAACGUGUUGAAUAUCUUAAAGAUGUAUCAAUAGAAUAUGAAAAAUUAAAAGGACGAUGGAGAGAAGAACAACAACAUAAUGAAAAUAUUCGUUUAAUUAUGCGUACAAUUUAUACAGAUGUUUUACGUACUGAUCGAACAUUUGGUUUUUAUGCUACAUCAGAUGAUACUAAUAUUAAUUUACAAUCUCUAUAUCAUAUUCUUAUAACAUAUUGUAUUAGUCAUCCAAAUAUUACAUAUUGUCAAGGAAUGAAUGAGUAUGCUUCUACUCUAUUAUAUGUAAUGCGUGAUGAAUCAUUAGCUUAUCUAUGCUUUUGUUCCAUUAUGAGGCGAAUUCGAGCAAAUUUUUCUACUGAUGGUGUAGCUAUUGCAACGAAACUUCAUCAUCUUAAAGUACUUCUGCAAGCUGUUGAUCCAGUCUAUUGGAAUUUUCUUGAAUCAUGUGAUGCAGUCAAUCUCUACUUUGCAUAUCGAUGGUUAUUACUUGAAUGUAAACGUGAAGUUCCAUUUAAUGAAGCUUUGCGUGUACUUGAAGUAAUGUGGGCAACAUUACCUAUUGCUAGUGAACCACCACCAUUGAGUGAAAUAUCUUUAUUAUCAAUAUCAUCUGAUAAUACAAUAUCUGAUAUUCGAUAUCCAACAGUUUGUCGAUCACUACAACGUCGUGCACUUAGUUGUCCACAAUUAUCAAUUAUUGAUAAAUCUUGUUCACAUCAACAUAGACAUUUAUCUUUUGCAUUAUUUUAUGAUAAUGAUAAUGAUAAUAAAGAAGGAUUGUCAUCUAGUACACAACAAGUUUGUAAUUCUAUGGUAGAAAAUGAUGAAUAUCAAGUUUAUCAAACUAGUAAUAAUAAUAAUAAUAAUAAUUCUAAUUCAAUGUCAACAAAAUCACGUGAAAAAAGUUUAGAAAAUUCUUUUUCACUUAGUGAAAUAUCAGAAUUCGAUUCAAAUAAUCUAUCAAAAUGUCCUAAUGAUAAUUGUAAAUCUAAUAAUACUGAUUCUCAAUGUUCAUCAUCAACUAAUUGGUUACAACAUUUACCAAUGGAUAGUAAAAUAUGGCUUGAAGAAGAUAAUUCAUUUUUACUCUUUCUUUGCAUAUCUAUAUUAUUAACUCAUCGUACUCAUUUAUUAAAACAAAAACAUCUCGAUGAACAAGAAAUAUCAAUACAUUUUGAUCGAUAUCGUCGUCGUCAUAAUGCUGAAAGAUUAUUGACACAUGCACGAACUCUCUAUGAACAAUAUAUACAAUGGUCAAGAAAAAAACGUAUGCUUGAUGAUCUCAAUAGUUAUUCCGUUAGUUGA